ACGGUGGAGCGCAGCCAGCAGAAAAUCUGUGACGAGCAACGAAGCAGCCAGUUCAGUUCCAGUGUGACUGGCGUGAGGAAAAUAUCGGCGGAGCAGAGCAGAGCUUAGUGGAAGACAAAUUGAGUGAAAAUAAUGCAGAUUGAAUUUUAUGGAUGGCAAAUGGUUGGUGAAGGAAAUCGAGCAGGAAGCAAAUUGGUGCAGUGCGUGUAAAUGUUGCAAUGGUCAUUGGAUUGGAUUGUAAUCGAUUGGAAGACGACAUUAGAGAUUGGGAUUCUGGUGCGAAGGCAAUCGAAGAAGGAAUGAAUUUUUGAAUCGUCAUUUUUCCGUCGUCAUUCGAAAUAUUUUCCUCGGUGAGUGUGUGAACUGGCAAGUUGUGGAAGAAAAAAGAGGAUUGUAAGGGUGAAAACGGAUAGAAUCAGCUUUCGAGCGAGAGCGAGAAGGGGAUUGGAAAAGCAGGAAAGUUCAACAAAGAAAAGUGUCGAAGUGCUCGAGCUAGCAGCAGACAGCCCGAUAGAGUUCAGAGUAAGGCAAGGGGGGAGACAAGUUCUCUUUUGCUUUUUUCAUCAUCAAAUGGCUGACAGCAGCAGCAGUGUAAAUGCAAAGUGUAGUGAUGGUGUUUCGUAUUUUGAUAGUGCACUAAAGGGAAAAAUGACUUCACACAGCAGCACGGCCAACAGCUCCCAGGCGAGUGGCGGAAGCGGAGGGCCAGGCGGAGCGGCCACUUCCGGGACCCAGGUGACCAUAGUGGACCGCUUGAAGCUGCUCUAUCCGAAUGUCAACGAGACCGUCGAUCCGCUGCCCCGCUCCUGGAGCCCUCAGGACAAGUGCACCACAAUCGGACUGACCCAGAAUAAUCUUCGUGUUCACUACAAAGGAGUUGGAAAAUCACACACAGAUGCCGCAUCGGUGCGUACGCCAUUUCCAAUUCCGGCAGCAUGCGGACUGUACUACUUCGAGGUGAAGAUAAUCUCCAAGGGCCGCGAUGGCUACAUGGGCAUCGGGUUGACAGCACAUCCACACUUCAAGAUGAACCGGUUACCGGGGUGGGAUAAGCAAUCGUACGGCUACCACGGCGACGACGGAAACUCGUUUUGCUCGUCCGGGAAUGGGCAACCCUAUGGGCCCACCUUUACCACCGGUGAUAUUAUUGGUUGUGGAGUUAAUUUAGUCGAUAAUACCUGUUUCUACACUAAGAACGGCCACCAUCUAGGGAUAGCAUUCAAAGAUUUACCGCCACGAUUAUAUCCCACAGUGGGACUGCAGACCCCCGGCGAAGUGGUAGACGCAAACUUCGGCCAAGAGCCGUUCAAGUUUGACAUCGAAGACAUGCUGAAGGAGCUGCGAGCGGCGACCAAAGCCACUAUCUAUAACUUUCCCCUGCCGGACGACCAGGGCGAUUGGACUGUGAUCCUGCACAAAAUGGUUUCCUCAUACCUUGUGCAUCAUGGCUACAGCUCGACAGCCGAAACGUUCGCACGCACCACCGGCCAGUCUCUCCAGGAGGACAUGGUGUCGAUAAAGAAUCGACAAAAAAUAAUCAAACUAGUACUAUCGGGGCGCAUGGGACAAGCAAUUGAGCAAACUGUACGCUUAUAUCCAGGUCUCCUGGAGUCGAACCAAAAUCUGUUGUUCAUGCUCAAAUGUAGGCAGUUUAUCGAAAUGGUGAACGGAUCUGAUUUCGACCUCAGCGGUUCAUCUCACACGAGUCCAGUGCAAACGUCAGUAAUACAAUCGACGAAAAGUUAUCAAAACGGAAACACAGUUAUCCCAGAUGGUGUUGACAAUCAGGGUUUUAGCAAAAAUAACGUUCUAAGUAAUAACGGCACGUGUAUCGAAGACGACUACUCUAAUGACGUAGAGAUGGAAAAUGGCCAUACGAACAACGUGAAUAGUUCUAAUGGCUACAAAAACGGAACGUCCAACAGCAAUCUAAACGAUUCGCUCGACGACGACGACGAUGAAGACGACGUAGACGGCGGCAGAGACGUGGAUAUGGAUGUGGAUUCGUCACUUUCGGCCAACUGUAAAUCGACCAACACUGGCGUCUCGCGAUCCGGUGUCGAGCGGAUGUUGGAGUUUGGCCGGGAACUGUUUCAGAUGAGCCAACGAUUAGAGAAAGAACAAGGAGUUAACGAAACUAAUCAGAAGAUGUUAGAGGAUGCAUUUAGUUUACUAGCAUAUUCUAAUCCAUGGGCUAGUCCAUUAGGUUGGCAGCUAUGUCCGUCACGGCGUGAAUCCGUGUGUGCUGCCCUCAAUUCUGCCAUAUUAGAAUCGAUGACCUACUCGUGGCGGCCGCCGCUGGAGGUGUGCAUAGCACAUGCCUGCGAACUACUCCGCCUGAUGUCCAGUUCAUCCCUGGGAGCGUGUGCGUUUGUCAGUGUAGAAGAUGUUCUCACCCAGCAGCAGCACCAUUGACUACAACUAAUUCUUCAGCUGUCCUCUUUUUCGAACGUUUAAACUCGACUGCGCCAAAACUUCACCCGCCCACAGACACACACACAUAGUCGCGCGUGUACCAGUAAGGAGAUCGUGGUUUACCUACUGUUCCCACUACUAGCCGUUAAUAACUCCCCUUCCAUCCCCUAUAGAGAUCUUGUCCCCUUAAAUUAUGUGCAUUAUUUUAUCCCCAUACAAGUAUCGUGUGCAAUGUUUCCGACAAGGGAAAAAAAAUAUGCUGCUACAAACAUUGUUUCCAAGGAUUGAGUUUAGUAAAUUUGCUUAGAAGUGUAUUAUAGACCUUGCCGGCUAUUUUCAUUGUUGAUUGUACAUCAUAAUUUAUUUUUACUAUUGUGCUAUUGAUAUCGCUCCAGUUUAUACAAUGAAACCCCUCAUUUCCCGCAGUGUUCCAUCCCAUGCCUGUUUCCCAGAUUUUAGAACCCGCCUAAGUCUGCUGUGUGGAACAGUAGUCAACAGAGUUGAAUCGUGUUUUGCUCUCCGAAGAAGCCCGCGUAGAAGAAAAAUACAAAUUGAUCACCUUGUUCAUAAUGAUUACUAUUGUUUGCCUGAUAUUUUAUUGUAAAACUGCUAUUUUUUGUUUUUUAGUUAAAUUUUGUCGGUUCACAUGAAUUUGUGGUAGUCUAUGAACAAACGCAAACACUUGCAUACUUCAUGGAGAAAGAAUAAAAUGAAUACCAACUAGAGAAACGAAUGAAAAUGAGUUGAUGAAAGCAAAAGCAACUGCAUAAACACAAACAGACGAGUACACUCAUACACACAACACAUGCAUAGAAACGAGAGAAGGAAGCAAAUACUUAAGGCUAGCUAUAAUAAGACGAUGACAAAGAUAAGAGAAAAUCGAUUGAAUACUAUGAAUAAUAAUAUAUUUACAAACAAAGAAUAAGAUGCGGUUGAUCAAGUGAAGAAACUGUUAUUUUUUUCUAUUUAAUUUUAUCGAUUUAUGCAGCAAUGAUUUCAGUGUCCCCUUUCGUUGAUCGUUGAAUCCGUAGCGAUUUUUUUUCUAAAUGGUUGUACGUCAUUUCCUGGAAAACUGGCUUGUUGAUCGGAAUCUUUUUUUUUUCAAUUUGUACUUCAGAAAAACAAUGGGUUCUUAAAAUUAUAUUGAAUAUUUAAACGGAUCUCCAGUGGUAUAAAUGAAAAAAGUAUGAAUCACAAAUGACAAAUUAUGGUACCAAAGCGGAAUAUUGGGAAGAUA